AUGAUCUGCACCAUACCAAUUAUUAAGAUUCUUGUAGAAAUCGUCACCUACCUCAAUAGCAAGGAAUCUUCUUACUGGUCUUUUCCUGACUUCCUUUCCUCAAAUUUUGAAGCGAUCGUUAAUUUUCCACCGGAUACCAACGAUAUUAAGGGUCUUUCUGGCACCUGGCUGAAACGCUUCAUGCUUGAAGCAAAAGCAAAGGGCUUUGAGUAUAAAAUUUCUAAGGUAUUACCUGAGUCAGGAGGAUCAGUACUUACUGUCCCCCCUAUGUGCGACAUUUCUUUUUAUUAUGGGUCAAAAUUCGAAUGUGCAAAAAUUUUUAAUGAUGUAAUUUCUGCUCGACUGGAUAUCUUACGACAACAAAAUAUCACAAUUUUGAAAUCAAAGGUCAAGAUUAUUGCGGACGAGAAAGGCAUUAAUCUUGUUACAGCUUCCUCUGAAUUUCAUGGAUCUCAAAUGAUCGCAGAAUAUUCACAAAAUCAAAACAGUCUGAAUAUAACUUGUUAUUUGUUUUCAAAAUCGUCUUUUAACCCUUUCGAAAUAUGUGCACAAAUAAGAAACAUAAAACGACAAAAAGAUCCUAGUGAAGAGACCCCAGCUCACGAUGAUGAAAGUGACAAUGAGAGUAUUAUGAGCGAUUCGCCACUUUACGACGAAUUUGUAAGGGAGAUGAAGAUGGCUGAUGAAACCAAAGAAUAUUACUCUGAUCCGGAAUCUACGGAAUCUGUUAAUGAUGAUGAUGAUGACUACGUUUAUAUUUCGGAUAAUGAUAAUACUGUUGUAGAUGAUAGUAAGCUGAAGACAAAGAUAGAGUUUACUGAAUUCGAAAAGACUUACUUAAAAAUGAAUGACUCGGACAAAUGGAUUCUUUCUACGGGAAAGAUAGUAGAUGAUGUUCUAUACAAUUUUGGUAUUAAAUGCAGGCACGAACACCUAUGUCAUUCAUUUGUAAUAGAUCCAAAUGACAACAUUUAUAUCGAUGAAGAAGUUUUUACUGAGACUGAACUUGAUGAAAUUCGAAAAUAUAAACUUAAGCCAAUGCCACAUAUAAAUGCUAUAUUUAAAUCUCAGAAGUGGGAUUCUCCAUACAAUCGACAAACAUAUUUUGAUCAUGAUUGGAUUCGAAAUACUGCGUACAACUUAUUACAUGAACAUGAAGCGGGGAGUUUAGAGAAGGAUCAUCUGGAAUUGUGGCUCUUGGUUCAUGUUUGGAAUUUUGUAGACAGAGGAUUUGGGAAUGUCGAUGGAUUGGAAACCGCAAGGUCGGAGUCAUCUAGCCGGGCAUCCUCGAAUAGGAAAAAUCGUAAUCGAACCGGAUCUGCAAUUGUCAAAAUGAAGAGAAAGAUUAUGGGAAGGCGUGGAGAUCUUAUCAUUCGAAAGGUUUCUACUGAGUACGGAUGUUCAGAGGCCGGUAAAUCUUUUGAAGGUAACAAUGGGACAAAACUUUUGCAUGAAAGAGGUAUAAAAGCUCCGAAGAUGAUGAAGGAUAUGUUUUAUUCUUUGUGUGAAGCUGUUGGAAAUGAAGAGAAAAAGAUAAGGAAACUACAAUCUAUCGGGUUUAUACACUCAGGUCUGAUGAUAUUAUUGCUCAGAUUAAAUUCCCCUGCUGGCUAUACAUGCCGAAUAACUCGAACAAAAAUGUUGGAAAUCCCCUCACAAAUAACACAAUUCGGCUCAAAAGUACUUCCCGUAAUUAUGUUGGCGUGGAAGGCAAAAAUGAUUGUUAAGGAAACAAUCGAAUUUAUUGAGCAAAAGCAAUAUUCAGAUGAUGAAUAA